CCGGACAGGACCCCCUUGAGCUCGCCCCUCAGCUGCCACCAUGAGCGACCAAGAUCACUCCAUGGAUGAAGUGACAGCCGUGGUGAAGAUUGAAAAAGGUGUUGGUGGCAGUAAUGGGGGUAAUGGUAAUGGUGGUGGUGCGGCCUUUUCUCAGACUCGAAGCAGCAGCACAGGCAGUAGCAGCAGCAGUGGUGGCGGAGGAGGGCAGGAAUCCCAGCCAUCUCCUUUGGCUCUGCUGGCAGCAACCUGCAGCAGAAUUGAGUCACCCAAUGAGAACAGCAACAACUCCCAGGGUCCGAGUCAGUCAGGGGGCACAGGUGAACUUGACCUCACAGCCACACAACUUUCACAGGGUGCCAAUGGCUGGCAGAUCAUCUCUUCCUCCUCUGGGGCUACCCCUACCUCAAAGGAACAGAGUGGCAACAGUACCAAUGGCAGCAAUGGCAGCGAGUCUUCCAAGAAUCGCACAGUCUCUGGUGGGCAGUAUGUUGUGGCUACUACCCCCAACUUACAAAACCAGCAAGUUCUGACAGGUCUACCUGGAGUAAUGCCCAAUAUUCAGUAUCAAGUAAUCCCACAGUUCCAGACUGUUGAUGGGCAGCAGCUGCAGUUUGCUGCCACUGGGGCCCAAGUGCAGCAGGAUGGUUCUGGUCAAAUACAGAUCAUACCGGGUGCAAACCAACAGAUCAUCACAAAUAGAGGAAGUGGGGGCAACAUAAUUGCUGCUAUGCCAAAUCUACUCCAGCAGGCUGUGCCCCUCCAAGGCCUUGCUAAUAAUGUGCUCUCAGGACAGACUCAGUAUGUGACCAAUGUUCCAGUGGCCCUGAAUGGGAACAUCACCUUGUUACCUGUCAACAGCGUUUCUGCAGCUACCUUGACUCCCAGCUCUCAGGCAGUCACCAUCAGCAGCAGUUCUGGGUCCCAGGAGAGCGGCUCACAGCCUGUCACCUCAGGGACUGCCAUCAGUUCUGCCAGCUUGGUGUCAUCACAAGCUAGUUCCAGUUCCUUUUUCACCAAUGCCAAUAGCUACUCAACAACUACUACCACCAGCAACAUGGGAAUUAUGAACUUUACCACCAGCGGAUCAUCAGGGACCAGUUCUCAAGGCCAGACACCCCAAAGGGUUGGUGGUCUACAAGGAUCUGAUUCUCUCAACAUCCAGCAGAAUCAGGCAUCAGGAAGCUCACUUCAAGCAAGUCAGCAAAAAGAGGGAGAGCAAAGUCAGCAGACACAGCAACAACAAAUUCUUAUUCAGCCUCAGUUAGUUCAAGGGGGACAAGCUCUUCAGGCCCUCCAGGCAGCACCAUUGUCAGGGCAGACCUUCACAACUCAAGCUAUUUCCCAGGAGACCCUCCAGAACCUCCAGCUUCAGGCUGUUCAGAACUCUGGUCCCAUCAUCAUUCGGACACCAACAGUGGGGCCCAAUGGACAGGUCAGUUGGCAGACCCUUCAGCUGCAGAAUCUUCAAGUUCAGAACCCGCAAGCCCAGACAAUCACCUUGGCCCCUAUGCAGGGCGUUUCCUUGGGGCAGACUAGCAGCAGCAAUACCACCCUUACACCCAUUGCCUCAGCUGCCUCCAUUCCUGCUGGCACAGUCACUGUGAAUGCUGCUCAACUUUCCUCCAUGCCAGGCCUCCAGACCAUUAACCUCAGUGCAUUGGGUACUUCAGGGAUCCAGGUGCACCAGAUUCCGGGUCUGCCAUUGGCUAUAGCAAAUGCCCCAGGUGAUCAUGGCACUCAGCUUGGCCUCCAUGGAUCUGGUGGUGAUGGGAUGCAUGAUGAGACAGCAGGUGGAGAAGGAGAGAACAGUACUGAUCCCCAGCCCCAAGCUGGUCGGAGGACUCGGAGGGAAGCAUGUACAUGCCCCUACUGUAAAGACAGUGAAGGAAGAGGCUCUGGAGAUCCUGGUAAAAAGAAACAGCACAUUUGUCAUAUCCAAGGAUGUGGCAAAGUAUAUGGCAAGACCUCACAUCUCCGGGCACACUUGCGCUGGCAUACAGGAGAGAGACCAUUCAUGUGUAACUGGUCAUACUGUGGGAAACGCUUCACACGUUCAGAUGAGCUUCAGAGACAUAAACGCACACAUACAGGUGAGAAGAAAUUUGCCUGUCCUGAGUGCCCUAAGCGUUUCAUGAGGAGUGAUCACCUGUCAAAGCAUAUCAAGACCCACCAGAACAAAAAGGGAGGCCCAGGGGUCGCCCUGAGUGUGGGCACUUUGCCCCUGGACAGUGGGGCAGGUUCAGAAGGCAGUGGCACUGCCACUCCUUCAGCCCUUAUUACCACCAAUAUGGUAGCCAUGGAGGCCAUCUGUCCCGAGGGUAUUGCCCGUCUUGCCAACAGUGGCAUCAACGUCAUGCAGGUGACAGAGCUACAGUCCAUUAAUAUCAGUGGCAAUGGUUUCUGAGAUUAGACACCUAGGGCCAGAGACAUGGGCCAUUACCCACCAAGCCUGGGAUGCAAGAUAGCAUGGGUCCAAGAGACUUGUGGAAGAGCGAGCCAUGAAGCAUUAAUGUUCUUGGUGGAGGGAAGAAUUGAGGGAGGGUACAGGAGAAGAGAUGGGAUUGUGGCACCCAUCUGUUACUGGUGACUCCUUGAAAAUGGAAAAUAUUAGUGAAAGUUGUGUUGGUGCCACCCUUUUGAUAAGCAUUUAUUUCAUCCCAGGUUCUUCUUACACUUCUUACCCCAGCCUCCUCUUCCUGCAUUUCUGAACCUCUAAGCUUUCCCAUGAUGGAUCCCACCCCCAAAGCCAUCAUGCCUUGAUAAAUAUGUAUGAUCAUUGAAAUACUUUUUAACAAAAACAGAUUCUAUAUUACAUAUAUAUAUAUAUAAAUAAAUAUAUAGAGAUGCUUUCAUAGGGGUGGCUGGGAGGAGGAAAACGACCAUUUUCUGACCAAAAAUACCUUGGUCAUUUUUUUUUUUUAAUAUUGCCUUAUUUCUCAAUGGCUGAGCCUUAUCAUGACACAUCAAGCUUUUCUAUAAAUGUCCUGGCAUCCAACCAGAGUAAGCAUUCAUGUGCUCUGCUUUUAGUUCGUAUAUACAUAUGUGUCUUAAUUUUGUCAUUUUAUAUGGGAUCAGCUCCUUGCGCUCCUUUCCUGACUCAGUCUUUUUUCUCCCCUUCUCUCACAUGAUCACUUCCUGUGUUGUUUAUGACAGUGAUUUCUGGAUUAGUCACUUCGGUCAAUAUUUUAAAGAGCUUAGUUCGAGCAGCAGAAUGGAAAACCUUGAAGUGCAGGCUGAUGGUUGAAGUAGCUAUGGGGGGAGUGUUCAAAUUACUACUGACGCAGGCACCUUCUUAGUGCUGGAGAGUCAAAACCAUCUCCCUUUGUUAGCUACUGUAAACAUCAGGAGUCAGAAGUCUGUGAAAUUGUCUAAGAGGCCCUUUGAGGGAGAGAAUCUUGGAUUGAUGUGCAUAAACGGUCAAAAAAUGGUCAAAUAGUAGGCAGCAGCUUUCAGUAGGAAAAAGAUGUUCUCGUAGUCUCGAUUCAUGGAAUUAUUUGGAUUUCAGUAUCAUUGUCUUCCAAAUAGCUCUAAGCCUUAAUGUAUUGGGCUUCUGAGUUCCCACACUGAAAGGAAGUAUACUUCCUCUUUUAAAUAUUUCUGUAGUUCCUUCCUGUUAGUGUUUUCAUGUUAAGAAGCAUCAGCCAGUGAAUCUGUUCUAACUUUUAAUUCUGUAGAAUGCAAAGCUUGUGCCAGUGGCAAGAGUAAUUCUUUAAAAUAAUCUCCCCCUUAAUUCUGUAUGUAGUUGGGUGGUUCCUAAGGGUAAAGGAAACACACAAUCAUGGGAACGAUAAGCCCAGAACAAAGGGAAAUCUUGUCUUACCACUGGGGAUUAUAGGAGAGAUUGGGAGAAAUUAUCCUGCUUUAUCCAUGGCCUGAUUCCAGAAGAGACUGAUCCAAAAAUUAUAACGGCAGGGAAACUCAGUGCAUUUGACACUGAGGCUUAAAUGCAACCAGAAUUGUCCUCAAGGCCCAGCCAUUAAAGAAAGCAUUGUCUCUCUUGACCUUCUGGUAUCUUGUCAGAGAGCCUUUCACUGUGAGGUAGUAUGGAAGUGGUGUGUGUAUGUGUGUAAUCUAUUAGGUUGGGGAUAGAUUUUCUAUUAGCCAAUAUUUAAAGAGAUCUGCAAUAAAAAAAUUACCCUGAUCUGAUAGAGAAAGUAAACUUUGUGUAUGACUGUGUGAGAGUGGGUGUUUGUGCCUGUAUAUAUCUACGUGCAGAUGAGAACUUAUAUUUGAAAUUGUUGGAAAAUAAAUUCAGAUUACAAUGCUUUUCAGGCCCGUUACCAAGAAGUUGGUUAAAAAACUUGGGUAUGUUCCUGAGGUCAGUUCUCUGCUUAUGCUAAAUCAGUUACAAUUAUGAACGGGGUGGGGGGAUAUCCUAGUGCACUUUCUAAAGAAGAAAUUAUUUUUGUGUUUGAAAAUGAAAUCAACAUCCAAAUCUAUAGUGGACUCUUUGUUCUAAACUCUCUAUCUUGGCUACAAAUAGAUUAUACUAUUAUACAUUUUAUGUGAAUUCCAUCGAAAGUAGAUUCUUGCUAAGUUUGUGGUGGUGAUAGUCUGAAUUACAAGAGCCGUUGAUCCUCUAACAUCAGUCUAUUCUAUUUGGUCCUUCCUGUGCAAACUAAGACUCUUAUCAAGACUCAGGAAAUAUUUCAAGGACUUUUCCCAGAUCACAGAUCACAUGGUGAUUCAAAAGGUAUCCGUCCUCAGUCACCAUGACACCUUUUUAUUCCCACAGAAAAGCAGACCUCAAACCUUGUUGUUUUAUGUCUAAUAAUCAUGUACUAUGGCAUCUCUGGAGGAAGGGGCAGCAUAACUCACUGGAGUGUGCAGUAUUUUGCUAGAUCUUUUCAAGGAAUAGAAUCUUCUUCAGUAUGAAGUGAUGAUGAUAAGCUGACUUAAUGAUGCCAAGGACUGUAAGCCUUUAAAUAAGUUGUUUGACGGUGUUUUCUCUUUUGGAUGGUUUAUCCUCAACAUCUGCUUUAUUAACAUUACCAUGAAUUAAUUUACAUCAUAUUUUUUUCUGCUUUUCCUAUUUCGUUCUCCAGUGUCUUAUUUGACUUUUAAAUGGAAACAGUUUCUGCUUCUGUUUUCCUAUCUAUGAUCCACUUGGCCUUUUUCAUAGGUAGAGACUACAUUCCUCCAGUCCAGGUCUCAUUACUGAAAAAUAACCUUUCCCUAAAUUUUUGGCCAUUGGAAUUUAACAUAAUUAACCUGCAUAUUGAUUCUGAAAUUUAUUGUUUGGGAUUUUUUUUUGUUUGUCUGUUGUUGCUGUUGUUUUUUGUUUGUUUGUUUGUUUGUUUUUUGUUUUUAAGACAGGGUUUUAUUCUGUAGCCCUGGCUACCCUGGAACUUGCUAUGUAACUCAGACUGGCCUUGAACUUUGGAUAGUUUUUCUGCUCCUAAGUGCUAUGAUUACAGGUAUAUGUCACCAUGUCCAACCUUCAUGAUCUUUUACUUAUUUUUUUUUAAUGACUCUGCUUUGCUGGUGGUGGGUGACCACAAAUUUAGUAAUCUUGUUAGGUCUGUCUGUAUAACCUUGACUGGUCUGAAUUCAUGAUUAGUCCAGGCUGACCUUUAACUAUGAAACCCACCACCUCUGCCUUUCAAGUGCUGGGGUUCCAGAUGAUAUAUGCCACCAUGCUCAGCUGAAACAGUAAUCUUAAUGCAUUCAUCCCCUUGUCCUGGGUUGCCCAUUCAUAUCAUCUACAUACUAUUUGACUGUGCCGCCUUUUUCCUAGAAAGGACCAACCCGCCCUCUUCCUUUGGGGACCUCCCAACAGGCACUCUUUUUGGGGUGCUAUUCAAAAUGCAAUAUAAUGACUAUUUCUCAGUUUGGUUUCAGAAUAAAUAUAGAACCUUUGAUCUCAGAAAGUAUAGACUGAAGUAUGGGGUGAAGGUGUUAUAAUUUGGGGAGGGUUGGAGACUAAAGCUGUAAAUUACUAUGGCUGAUUUUUAUUUCUACUAUAUACAUAUAUAUUUUUUGCUUUUGUAUAUCCUAUAUAGAAAACUAAGCAUUGUAUUUUUUUAACAAAUCUGAGAAAGCACUAUGAACUGCAGGUGUCUGACUUUCAGGAUAUAUUUUGUAUUGUUAAUACUUCACAGUAUGUGAAUACUGGAAGCUGCAGAUCUUUGUUAGGCCGCAAUAAAUUUGGAUACUUUUUGAGGA